GUGUGUGUGAAGUCACUGCUCUGAUGACUAACGUAAUGCGUGCUUGUAUAUUCUUGUGUUUUCUACAGUUUCCUAAGAGCAGUGUGGUGGCUGCUUAGCUACUACAGCUUUGGAAUUGAAUGCCCCAUCUGUGUGACCAUGUCAUCUACUUAACCUUGCAAGUCACAGGUGCUGCCUAUAUACAAGCGGAGAGGAUCACACAAAAGCGUAAACAACUGGAGACAGGAUCAUGGAGGUCACCUUGAGGUCUGUCUGCACUUAAAGAUUAUUCUGAAUCUGCUGAAAAUUCUCUUCAACAUAUCAAGAAUCCCAGUGAACCACAAGCAGCAUAAACACAAACCUCAUCAAGGCACUAUAGAAUUAAAUUUAUGAAAACCAGUGAUAAAGAGAAAAUCUUGAAGAUGAGAUUAAUCAUUGGUAUGUCAUCAAAAAUAAUGCACACCAGAAGAUGGUGGAAUGUCUUUAAAGUAUUACAAGAAAAACACUGUCAACCUAGAAUUUUGUAUCCAAUGAAAAUGCUCUUCAAAGAUGAAGGCAAAAUAAGGACAUUUCAGUUGAGCCAAAGCCAAGAGAAUUCAUCACUAGUGAACUUCUACUACAAGGAAUGCUAAAUGAAGUGUUUUAGGCAUGAAGGAAAAGGAUACUAGAUGGACCCAUGAAUUACACAAAAGAAUGGUAAAUAUGCUUUGUACCUUGAACAAGGAGCUGCUUAUUCCUGGCAGAGGACUGACUCAAGGAUUCCAGAAUCCAGAGAAACAGAGAGUCUUCCAUAUGCAUGAAGCAUGUUCACCUAUACAUGUGAAUCACGGUGUGUGUGUUCGUGAUAAGUUGCGGGAGAUAGUAGGAGUAUCCACAAACUGGAGAGACCAUAUGAAAGCAAUGGAGGAAAGAAAAUUACUUCAGAGUUUUUUGGCUAAGUCGCAGGAAGGACUACCACCCAGGAGAAUGAAAGACAGUUAUAUUGAGGUUCUCUUGCCUUUGGGUAGUCAGCCUGAAUUACGAGAGAAGUAUUUGACUGUUCAAAACACCAUAAGAUUUGGCAGGAUUCUUGAGGACCUUGACAGCUUAGGAGUUCUUAUUUGCUACAUGCACACCAGAGUUCAUGCAGCUAAGAUGUCUCCUUUGUCAAUAGUUACAGCCCUGGUGGACAAGAUUGAUAUGUGUAAGACGAGCUUAAGCCCAGAACAGGACAUUAAGUUCAGUGGCCAUGUUAGCUGGGUUGGGAAGACAUCCAUGGAAGUGAAGAUGCAAAUGUUUCAGUUACAUGGCAAUGAAUUUUGUCCUGUUUUGGAUGCAACAUUUGUAAUGGUGGCUCGUGAUUCUGAAAAUAAAGGGCCGGCAUUUGUAAAUCCACUCAUCCCUGAAAGCCCAGAGGAAGAAGAGCUCUUUAGACAAGGAGAAUUGAACAAGGGGAGAAGGGUGACCUUCAGUGCCACGUCAUUACUGAAAAUGGCUCCCAGUGCUGAGGAGAGGACUACCAUACAUGAGAUGUUUCUAAACACACUGGAUCCGAAGACUGUAAGUUUUCGAAGUCGAGUUUUGCCCCCUAAUGCAGUGUGGAUGGAGAAUUCAAAACUGAAGAGCUUGGAAGUGUGCCACCCUCAGGAGCGCAACAUUUUUAAUCGGAUCUUUGGUGGUUUCCUUAUGAGGAAAGCAUAUGAACUUGGAUGGGCUACUGCUUGUAACUUUGGUGGCUCCCGACCGUUUGUUGUAGCUGUGGAUGAUAUCAUGUUUCAGAAGCCUGUAGAGGUUGGAUCAUUGCUAUUCCUUUCUUCACAGGUUUGCUUUACUAAGGACAAUUACAUUCAAGUCAGAGUACAUAGUGAAGUGGCCUCUCUUGAGAGUAAAGAGCAUAUGACCACCAAUGUCUUUCAUUUCACAUUCAUGUCGGAAAAAGAAGUGCCCUUGGUUUUCCCUAGAACAUAUGGAGAGUCAAUGUUGUAUUUAGAUGGGAAGCGGCAUUUCAAUUCCAUGAGCGUACCGGUGAAGCUGAGAAAGGACUUCUCUGAGGCACCCUAGGAAAGCCAUGCUUGCAGCAGAGCAGCUCUCUGUCGUGACAUAGUGCCUGAUGGAGGCCUGCUCAUGUGUUCCGGCUUCAGCUUUACUCUCAUCCGCCGUAGAGAAGAAUAUAUUCAACCUUUAGGAUGCUCAGAAAAGCAGGACCAGAGAGAAGCUGGGUGGGGCAUGGGGAGGUGGGGUUAUUACACAAUAAAUACUCUCAAGACAAUUGAAA